AUGGCGAGUGCAAGCGGGCCCGGAGUGGAGAAGGCCCGGCCGCGAGGCAACACUCCCGGCACCCGCGGGCGGCCGCACGCUGGCAGGACCCAGACUGGAGCCUUGGGCGGGGCCUCUUCCAUGGUGGGCGGAGCCUCAGAACGGCCCGCCCCUGUUAGAGGCCCUGGACCCCUGCGCAACGCUGCUGGCAGGACCCAGACUGGAGCCCUGGGCGGAGCCUGGGGCCCUGGACCCCUGCGAAACGCUGCUGGCAGGACCCAGACUGGAGCCCCGAGGACCCGUCUCAGAAGAUGCUCCCGGCCCAGUGUGCGCAUCGCCUCCGUCCUGUCCGACCCACCACCCCACGCCUUUUGUUCCCCCAGCCGGCCCGCCGCUUCCUCCUCCCCAUCGGAUGGAUUCAAAAAGGGUGACUCCUGCCUCAAGAUUGACGGCUACCCCAAGGAUGACCACAUCAAAAGAGGUGCUCAGAUGCCGGACGAUUAUUUAUAUCUCCCGGGGGGAGCUCGUCCUGCUCCGGCGUGGGCCUGGGCCGGCGCUCGGGGCUCGGGCGACGGCGGCGCAGAGGCGCAGAUGCAGAUGCAGGUGCCGGUGCAGGUGUGGGUGGACGGGCAGCUGUUCCAGGCCGAGCGCGCCUGGCUGGAAGAGCACUGCGGCUUCUUCCGAGGCCUGUUCCGCUCGGGCAUGCGGGAGGCGCGCGCCGCCGAGGUGCGCCUGGGCGCGCUGAGCGCGGCGGGCUUCGGCACGGCGCUGCGGGUGCUGCGGGGCGAGCGGCCGGCGCUGGCGGCCGCCGACGAGCUGCUGCAGGCCGUGGAGUGCGCCGCCUUCUUGCAGGCGCCCGCCCUGGCGCGCUUCUUGGAGCACAGCCUCACCGCCGACAACUGCGCGCUGCUGUGCGACCUGGCCGCGGCCUUCGGGCUGCCCGGCUUGCUGCACCGCGCCGCGCUCUUCAUCCAAGACGGCGCGGGCGAGCUGGCGGCCGGGCUGGCCUUGCCCGAGGCCCGCGCCUAUGUCCACGCGCAGCGGCCCAGCAGCUACGUGGCGGUCAGCACGCACACGCCCGCGCCCGGCUUCCUGGAGGACGCGUCGCGCACCCUGUGCUACCUGGACGAGGAGGGCGACGCGUGGCGCACGCUGGCCGCGCUGCCCCUGGAGGCCAGCACGCUGCUGGCCGGCGUGGCCACGCUGGGCAACAAGCUCUACAUCGUGGGCGGCGUGCGCGGCGCCAGCAAGGAGGUGGUGACCACCGGCUUCUGCUACGACCCCGACGGCGGCACCUGGCGCCGCUUCGCCGGCCCGCACCAGCCCCCCGCCUACGACACCGCGCUGGCCGGCUUCGACGGGCACCUCUACGCCCUCGGCGGCGAGUUCCAGCGCACGCAGAGCUCCGUGGAGCGCUACGACCCCGCCGCGGGCCUCUGGAGCUUCGUGGCCGACCUGCCGCAGCCGGCGGCCGGUGCGGCCUGCGCCCAGGCCCUCGGCCGACUCUUCGUUUGUCUCUGGCGGCCCGCCGACACCACGGCCGUGGUGGAGUACCCUGGCCGGAGCCCCGACGCCUGGCUGCCCGUGGCCGAGCUUCGGAGGCCGCAGAGCUAUGGCCACUCGCAUGGUGCGCACCGGACAGCCUCUACGUGGUGCGCAAACGGGCCUUCGGACGACUUCUUGCACUGCGCCAUCGACUGCCUGAACCUGGCCACGGGCCAGUGGACCGCGCUGCCCGGCCAGUUCGUCAACGGCAAGGGCGCGCUCUUCACCGCCGUGGUUGCGAGGCGACACGGUCCUACACCGACAACCGCAUGUUUCACGCUGCUCUAUGCCAUCGAGGGGGGCACCUGGCGACUGCUCCGGGAGCAGGCCGGCUUUCCACGGCCCGGCUCCCUGCAGACCUUUCUUCUGAGGUCCCCGGGGACUCCUGGACCCGUGGCUUCCAACACCCCAGAACCGUGA